AUGCAGGCUAUUGUAAGUGGGAAGAAAAGGAUUGUAGUGAAUCAAGAAAUGUGUUUCUCGAAAGGGAAUCUUGAUCUUGGUUCACGGUUGUUGUCUGAGCGUUUCCGGGACGAGCCUUUGAUUCCGGGGUUGUCUGAUGACGUGGCGAAGCUGUGUCUUGCGCUUGUUCCACGUGCCAAUUUCCCUUCCAUGGGACGUGUCUGCAAGAAAUGGAGGUUCGUUGUCCAGAGCAAAGAGUUUAUCACCGUGAGGAGACUCGCAGGUAUGCUUGAGGAGUGGCUCUACGUCUUAACGAUGAAUGCUGGAGGGAAAGAGAGCCACUGGGAGGUGAUGAACUGUUUAGGGCAUAAGCUGUCGUCUCUUCCACCGAUGCCUGGUCCUGCAAAAACAGGGUUUAAGGUGGUUGUGGUCGACGGGAAGCUUCUUGUUAUCGCUGGUUGCUGUAUGAUCAACGGCUCUCAUGCUGCAUCUUCUGAUGUUUAUCAGUUCGAUACUUGCCUCAACAGCUGGAGUAGACUAGCUGAUCUGAAAGUAGCUCGCUAUGACUUUGCUUGUGCUGAGGUGAAUGGGCUUGUUUAUGUGGUGGGAGGUCACGGUGUAGACGGAGAGAGUCUGUCUAGUGCAGAGGUGUAUGAUCCAGAGACGGGCUUAUGGACUUUUAUAGAGUCUCUAAGGCGUCCGAGAUGGGGAUGUUUCGCUAGCAGCUUCAACGGGAAGCUCUAUGUGAUGGGUGGGAGAUCAAACUUCACUAUUGGCAACUCAAAACUUGUUGAUGUCUACAACACUCAAUGCGGUUCCUGGUGUGGCAGCAAAAACGGUUUAACUAUGGUCACAGCUCAUGUUGAAGUAGGACAAAAGCUGUUCUGUAUCGAGUGGAAGAACCAGAGGAAGAUGUCGGUGUUCAACGCGGAAGAUGAUACUUGGGAAGUGGUGGCUCUUCCGCUUUCAGGAAGCUCGAGGGCAGGGUUUCAGUUUGGUAAGCUGAGUGGGAAGCUUCUGCUUUUUUCUUCUCAGGAAGAAACUGGUCACAGCACUUUAUUGUAUGACCCGGAAGCUGCACCGGGCAAGCAGUGGAAAGCAUCUGAGAUUAAACUGUCUGGUUCGUGUGUAUGCAGCGUCACAAUCACUGCAUGA